AUGGAGACCCGAUCCUCGCCGUCCAUGGGCGAGCUGCGCGCCGUCGCGCACGAGCGCGGCCUCAAGUACUACAUGCACCUGUCCAAGCCCGAGCUCUUCUCGCUGCUGCAGCGCAAGGAAGGCGGCGGCUCGUCCAAGCCCGCGGCUGCGACGCCCACGGAGGACGCCAAGGAGGACGCCAAAGAGGACGUCGUGCGCCGCGUGGAGACGGCGGCCACGCGCUCCAGCGAGCGCCUCUCGAGCCGCCAGCAGAAGCGCAAGACGCGCGAGGACGACAAGCUGGACGCGCCGCAAGACAAGAAGAAGGCCAAGGUCGUGAUCAACACUCUCGACCCCAUCAUGCUCACGGAGCUGGGCCCGCACACGUUUGAGUUCACACGGAGGAAUGGGUCCGUGGUCGUAUACAAUGUAGAAUCGCUCGUGCAGUAUAUCCUCGCGACGGGGGACUUCUCCGAGCCGGAGACGCGGAUCCCGUUCUCGGACGAGGACCUGCGCAGGAUUGAUUUAGAGGCGAGCAAGGCAAAGUUAAGUGAGAACAGCGUCGUAGACGCAAAGAAGAACAAACACAAGUUUGAGGAGCAGAAGGUCAAGCGGGAUGGCAUCUUGGGUCUGGAGCGCUGCGCUUCAGAGUAUGUGAACAAGAUGCUGGAUAUCGUCGAAAGCGACGACCCCGAAGAGGGUGAGAUGCUGCUCAUCAUGAGCGUGUUCCCGUCGUUCUCGGACAUUUUUGAGCAGAUCCGGAGGAGUGACUCGGAGUACGCCAAGCACAGCAUGGGCCACUUCAUCCAGUACAUGAAGGGCCCCAAGAACCGCCCCACCGACGACCACAGCGGCCUGCUGCCGGUCAUUUUGGGCUUCCUCGAGGACGUCGCCAAGGGCAAGCAAGGCGCGAGCGCCUUUGGGUUUUGA